AUGGCCCCCAAACCUAGCCGCCUUGCUUCCAUUCUCCGUCCAUGGGCCCUGAUCUGGUUGUCUAUUUGUCUGCACUGGGAAGCUUUAACACAAGCCGUUCGUCGUGAUGGUCUCUCAGCACUUGGCCGCCCACUACAAAUUCGAGAUGUCGCUUCAGCCAAGUUGCUCAGUAUAGCCUCUGACGGUUUUAUCGCUUACGAAGACACAACUAUUGUUCCUUCGCUUGUACAAGCCGCUGGCGGCAUUGUUCUCGAACUAGGUCCUGGGCCAGGCAAUCAGAUUCAUCGUUAUGAUACCUCUAUUGUCAAAUAUGUCUAUGGCAUUGAACCUAAUCCCUACUUCAAAGAUGGCAUAAAUUCCAGAUUGGACAAGCAUGACCUGCGGGAUAAAUAUAAGGUCAUAGUUUGUGGAGUGGAAGAUAGCGAUAUCCUAAGAGCAGAGGGAAUCACCGAGGGGAGUUUGGAUGCCGUGUUAUGCAUCCAGGUCUUGUGUGCCGUAAAGGACCCGAAGAGUGUGAUGAAGGAGGUGUGGAAGCUGCUCAAACCUGGUGGCAAGUUUAUAUUCUGGGAACACGGAUGCAGUAGAGACCGUUUGACCAAUGUGGCGCAAGCUUGCUGGAAUCCGGCUUGGAGCACAUUUGUCGGAUGUGAUUUGACACGGAAUGUGUUGGCGGACAUUCUCAGCAGUGGAGAGUGGGAAAAUGCACACGGGAUUGAAGAACCCGAAGAGCCGUUUAGUUUGCUGCCUCGGAUUCAGGGUGUGCUUGUCAAGAAAAAGUGUUAA